AUGCGUGGUAGGAUGAAGCGGACGCGUUGGGAUGCGUUAUUUGUGAGCUGGGAGAAGGUGAUGUGUGUUGCAGAAAGGAAGGGAGAAGGCGAAGACAGCGUGGAUGAAAACUCCAUCCAAAGCCCCGUCCGUGUGUGCUGGGCUCCAGUGGGCUCCGCCAAAAACCUCGCAACUGCCUUAGCCCGCCUGCCCGCCUCCCCACAAGGCAAGCGCGUCAUAUUCUGGUCAGAAUCCAUGACACACAACCACUGCUCCAAAAUCACUCGCUCCUUCCAUGCUGGAUAUGUUUACUUUCUCCGCUAA